CAGCUACGCAGCUAAAAGCUUAAAUAAAAAAAAAUUUUGUUAUAAUGGAAAUGGAUAACAUUUUAGAAGAUAUGGAUAUAGGAAAUUCUGGAGAUGAAUCCAGGAAUUUGUUUAUAGACAUGCAUAAAAAAAUAGAAAACUUAAUAAAAAUUAACAAGCAACAACAACAACAAAUUGAUGAAAUGAAACUUAACAGAGAAAAAGAAAAACUUCAACAAGUAACAGUGAACAAAUUUAAUGAAGUUGAACAACAAACAAUGGAACAAACAAAUAGCGAACAACAAGAAGGAUCAACAAAAGAAAAUGACAGUGGUCAAAAAAAUAUUUAUAUGACUUACCAGCAGUGGCAAAAAAAACAUAAUCUGCCAAUAAAUCCAACAAAUAAUAGAGGAAUACGAGGUGGAGACAUAAACAAAAGAAAAUUUUUUAGGCAACGUUAUGCCCAAGGAUCUUCAGCUACAAUAAGAAAUGUUGCAGCAUACACUGUAGCCAUGGCUAAUGCUGCAGCUG